CUCCGCACCAGCGCCGUCAGAAGAGGAAACACCGAAUCCUGGAUUUAAAAAAAAAAAAAACUACGCUCUGUGGAGUUUACAGCUGGAUUUUAGCAGUUGGAUACUCUUGGUGAUCUGUUUAACUAAGUGAUGGAACUGAGAGAGGCCAGUGGAUCCCUUGUCAGCUCCAUUUCCCAGUGGACAACAUGAAGGAGGAAAUUCCGCUCGCCCUGAUAGACAGAGAGGUCCAUCCCAUCAGACCUUGCAUCAUGAGUCUCGAUAGCAUCUAUUUUGAAGAGUAAAGAAAACAUUAAAACAUCACCACCUCCUCCCCUCUCCCUCUGUCAGUCCUUUCAUUUACCCCACGGAGGAAAACAACAAUUCCUCCAUAGGAGCACUCUGCAGCUACUGGACAAUUAUUUACUGAUGUGACUGGCCUUAAGACUGUUAACCACAACGACUGUUCUCCUGCUACUGCCCUUCUCCCUUAUUUAUAAAUAUAUAUCUCUGAACAUAUUGUUAUAAAACUGGAUCUUUGAAAUUCAGUCUAACCACCCUAAGAUUUCAGUCUGAUUGCAUCCCCGUCCGACACCUUUUUGGAUUAAUCAAUUCUUUGCAGCUAUGGAUCUUGUAGGUUUUUCUAUCAGGCUGCAAAUGUUCCUAAGCACAUGUCUGGGACUGGAUUUUUUAGGCACACCAGGUCAGUGGGCACGCUACCUCCGCUGGGACGCCAGCACCCGCGGUGACCUCAGUUUCCAGUUCAAGACGGAGGCGUCGGAAGCGCUCAUUCUGUAUUUUGAUGAUGGAGGCUACUGUGACUUUCUGCAGCUGUCUGUGGUGGAGGGCCGACUGCAGCUGCGUUUCAGCAUCGACUGUGCUGAGACCACGGUGGUGUCUGACAGGCGGGUGGAUGAUGGCAGCUGGCACUUUGCCACUCUGAGCAGGUAUAACCUGCGCACAGUGCUGGUACUGGAUGGCCAGGCCGCAGCUGAUGAGGUGCGGCCUCAGCGUCAGUUCAUGAAAAUAGUCAGCGAGCUGUUCCUGGGUGGGGUGCCUCAGGAUAUCCGCAGUGGCGCACUCACGCUCCCUACGGUGCGAAACAUGCAGCCCUUCAGGGGCACAAUUACAGACCUCAAAUAUGGCAUCUCACAGCCCCUGUUGCUGGGAAGCCUUAAGGUGCCACUGGAGUCAGAAGGGUGGUGCACUGUGAACCCAUGUGAAAAUGGUGGUACAUGCUCAGUGGUGGAUGGAGAGCCGAUCUGUGACUGCUCCAAAACAGAGUACAAGGGCCGCUUCUGCAGUGAAGAAGUCGUCAGUAAUAUGCCAGGCCUUGCACAUAUGAUGGCAGAACAAGCGAGGGAAGAGAAUGUGGCCACUUUCCGUGGCUCGGAGUACUUCUGCUACGAUCUCUCCCAGAACCCCAUCCAGAGCAGCAGUGACGAGAUUACACUCUCCUUCAAGACAUGGCAGCGCAACGGCCUUAUCCUUCACACCGGCAAGUCAGCUGACUACGUCAACCUGGCGCUGAAGGACGGCGCUGUCUCCCUUGUUAUCAACCUCGGCUCAGGAGCCUUUGAGGCCAUUGUGGAGCCUGUCAAUGGGAAGUUCAAUGACAACACUUGGCAUGAUGUCAAAGUGACCCGCAACCUUCGACAGGUGACAAUAUCAGUGGAUGGGAUUCUGACCACCACGGGUUACACCCAGGAAGACUACACCAUGUUGGGCUCUGAUGACUUUUUCUACGUGGGUGGGAGCCCCAGCACCGCCGACCUGCCGGGAUCUCCAGUCAGCAACAACUUCAUGGGCUGUCUCAAGGAGGUGGUGUAUAAGAACAAUGACAUCCGACUUGAGUUGUCCCGCCUGGCUCGAAUUGUGGACCCAAAGAUGAAAAUCCAGGGUGAGGUGUCCUACAAGUGUGAGAAUGUGGCCACCUUGGACCCCAUUUCUUUUGAGACUCCUGAGGCCUACAUCAGCCUCCCCAAGUGGAACACCAAGCGGAUGGGAUCCAUCUCUUUCGAUUUCCGCACGACCGAGCCCAAUGGCCUCAUCCUCUUCACCCAUGGCAAACCCCAGGAGCGCAAAGAUGCUGCCCGCAGCCAGAAGAACACCAAGGUGGAUUUCUUUGCUGUAGAGCUGCUGGAUGGCAGCCUGUACCUGCUGUUGGACAUGGGCUCAGGGACUAUCAAGGUGAAGGCCACCCAGACAAAGGUCAAUGAUGGUGCCUGGUAUCAUGUGGACAUCCAGAGAGACGGACGCUCAGGCACCAUCUCUGUAAACAGCAGAAGGACUCCAUUCACAGCCAGUGGUGAGAGUGAGAUUCUGGACCUGGAGGGCGAUAUGUACUUGGGGGGGCUUCCCGUCGACCGCACCAACCUCAUCCUGCCCACUGAGCUCUGGACAGCAAUGCUCAACUAUGGCUAUGUGGGCUGCAUCCGUGACCUUUUCAUUGACGGUCGAAGCAAGGACAUCCGUCAGAUUGCUGAGGCACAAAAUGGUGCUGGCAUCAAACCCUCAUGCAACAAGCAAACGGGCAAGCAGUGCGAGAGCUACCCAUGCAAGAACCGAGGUAUCUGCAAAGAAGGCUGGAAUCGAUUCAUCUGUGACUGCACCGGGACUGGCUACUGGUCACGAACGUGUGAGAGAGAGGCUUCCAUCCUCUCCUACGAUGGUAGCAUGUAUAUGAAGGUGGUGAUGCCAACCAUCAUGCACACUGAGGCGGAGGACGUCUCCCUGCGUUUUCGUUCCCAGCGGGCCUAUGGCCUUCUCAUGGCCACCACCUCCCGAGACUCAGCCGACACGCUCAGGCUGGAGUUGGACGGGAGUCGCGUCAAACUCACGGUCAACCUAGACUGUAUCAGGAUAAACUGUAACUCCAGCAAGGGACCGGAGAUCCUGUAUGCCGGGCAAAAGCUCAAUGAUAAUGAAUGGCAUACGGUGCGUGUGGUGCGUCGCGGCAAAACCUACAAGCUAACGGUUGACGAUGAUGUAGCAGAAGGCCAAAUGGUGGGUGACCACACUCGUCUGGAGUUCCACAACAUUGAAACAGGCAUCAUGACAGAGCGCCGCUUUGUUUCCAGCAUCCCUUCCAGCUUCAUUGGUCAUCUGCAGAGCCUUAGAUUUAACGGCAUGCUCUACAUCGACCUGUGCAAGAAUGGUGACAUCGAUUAUUGUGAGCUUAAUGCCCGCUUUGGGAUCCGUUCCAUUAUUGCUGACCCAGUCACCUUCAAAUCCAAGAGCAGCUACCUGAGCCUGGCCACCCUACAGGCCUACACAUCCAUGCACCUCUUCUUCCAGUUCAAGACCACCUCCCCAGAUGGCUUCAUACUUUUCAACUCUGGAGAUGGAAAUGAUUUUAUUGCUGUAGAACUGGUUAAAGGAUAUAUCCACUAUGUUUUUGACCUUGGAAAUGGGCCUAACCUCAUCAAGGGCAAGAGCGAAAGGGCACUUAACGACAACCAGUGGCACAAUGUGGCCAUCACCCGAGACAACAGUAACACCCACACACUGAAAGUAGAUGCUACAACCACAAGUCAGAGUAUCAAUGGGGCCAAGAACCUGGACCUGAAAGGUGAUCUGUUCAUCGCAGGACUGGGUCCAGGAAUGUAUGGCAACCUGCCUAAGCUAGUGGCUUCCAGAGAAGGCUUCCAGGGCUGUUUGGCAUCAGUGGACCUCAACGGUCGCCUGCCAGAUCUCCUCAAUGACGCCUUGUUUCGCAGCGGGCAGAUUGAGCGUGGAUGCGAAGGUCCCAGCACCACCUGUCAGGAGGACUCCUGUGCCAACAUGGGUAUUUGCAUCCAGCAGUGGGAGAACUACACCUGCGACUGCUCCAUGACCUCCUACACCGGCACACAGUGCAAUGACCCUGGGACAACGUACAUCUUUGGCAAAGGAGGAGGCCUCAUCACAUUCAAUUGGCCAGCCAAUGAGAGACCGAGCACCAGGACGGACCGGCUGACCGUCGGCUUUAGCACCUCCCUGAAAGACGGCAUCCUGGUUAGGAUUGACAGCGCACCUGGUCUGGGGGACUAUCUCAUGCUGCACAUACAACAAGGAAAAAUUGGAGUGACAUUCAACAUUGGCACAGUGGAUAUCAGUGUGCAGGAAAGCAGUACCCCAGUGAAUGAUGGGAAGUAUCAUGUUGUCCGUUUCACAAGGAAUGGUGGCAAUGCUACGCUGCAGGUGGAUAACUGGUCGAUCAAUGAACACUUUCCAACAGGGAACAGCGACAUUGAACGCUAUCAAAUGGCCAAUAAGAAAAUUCCUUUCAAAUACGCCAGACCAGUAGAAGAGUGGCUACAAGAGAAAGGACGGCAGCUGACAAUUUUCAACACCCAAGCAACAGUCGCAAUCGGUGGUAGUGAUCGCAGCCGGCCCUUUCAGGGUCAGCUGUCUGGCCUUUACUAUAACGGCCUGAAGGUGUUGAACAUGGCUGCUGAGGGUAACCCUAACAUCAGGAUUAACGGCAGUGUGAGGCUGGUAGGUGAUGUGCCCAGUGUGGCAGGCUCAGCCAGGACCACGGCCAUGCCUCCAGAGAUGUCCACAACCUUCAUUGAGACUACAACCAUGAUGUCCACCACUACCACACGGAAACACAGAUCCUCUUCAACUGUACAGCAUACGGCAGAUGACAUUGUGUCAUCCGCAGAGUGUUCGAGUGACGACGAAGACCUGGAGGAGUGUGAAACUAGCCAUGCAGGAGCUGAGUUAGUCAUCCCAGUACUUGAGGAUCCAUUAGCGCACCCCUCUGUAGCUCCUCGUGCACCCUUCAUUCCCACUCCCUCAACCCACCACCCACUCCUCACCAUUAUUGAGACCACCAAAGAGUCCCUGUCCAAGGCCACUGAGGCGGGGGUACCUUGCUUGUCGGACCGAGGCAGCGAUGAUUGUGAUGAUGAUGGCUUGGUGAUAUCGGGGUAUGGCUCUGGGGAAGCAUUCAAGUCUAACCUGCCCCCUACUGAUGAUGAAGAUUUUUACACGACCUUCUCCUUGGUAACAGAUAAGACCUUGUCCACGUCAGGCUUUGAAGGUGGCUACAAAGCUCACACGCCCAAGACUUUUAGACCUAACAAACCGUCAGUCUCCAGACGCAGUAGGACUACCACUACCGCCAUACUACUAACCGCCGACCAGAGCCGCACCACCGCCACCUCUGCCUCCACCGCAACCCUCCACAAUGCUCCGGCCAAACAGCCGGCCGGCAAAAUGAAUAACCGCGAGCUAAAACCCCAGCCCGACCUAGUGUUGCUUCCAUUGCCCACAUCCUUUGAGGUAGACAGCACCAAGCUGAGGGGCCCAUUAAUAAUCUCCCCAAUGUUCCGUAAUAUACCCACAGCACUCCCCACAGAGCCGGGCGUCAGGCGAGUUCCAGGGCCCUCGGAAGUGGUCCGUGAAUCUAGCAGCACCACCGGGAUGGUCAUCGGAAUAGUGGCGGCCGCUGCCCUGUGCAUCCUCAUCCUUCUGUAUGCCAUGUAUAAAUACAGGAACAGGGAUGAAGGCUCCUACCAGGUGGACGAGAGCAGGAACUACAUAACCAACUCAGCUGUGCAGAGCAAUGGCGCUGUGAUGAAGGACAAACAGCAGAGCUUGAAAGGCAGCAACAAGAAACAGAAAAAUAAGGAUAAGGAGUAUUAUGUGUGACUGUGAGACUUUCGUCAACACAAGCGAAUGAAGACAGAAAGCACUAAGAGAACAUUUAUUUAUCAGUUUCCUUGUGAGGAGCUAUGACAAAUGAUGGUAUAACAUGGAACUUGAAUAAUCUUAUACUGUGCUGAGUAGUUGAACUGAUGAUAUGUA